AUGUCUACUCAUGGCUCAUUGUCCACUAAUGGCAUUCGCUCAGGACCAUGGAAUGGAGUCAAUCGAUCUCUUCACAAUUCCAACACACGACCUACCAAAUGUAUCAUAAAAGCUCUCCCACUGUUCAAUUCUCCCGAAAGUGAGGUUCUUCUCAAGCAGGUCGCCAUUGAUGCGGCCUGGGCUCGUUUGGUCCACCCAUUAAGCGUUAUAUUCAAUGUCGGCAAGAUCGCCAGUGACCAUGAAUUUUGUGAAAUCAUGGUUCAGACGCUUGGAAGUGCUGGUUCAUAUAUUCCUCGCUAUUCCAAGACAAAAGACCUCAUGGUGGAGGUUCUCUUCAGCAACCCUGAAACACGACGCAAAGCAACAACCACCGGACUCGACGUCAAAGGAUCUCGAAUCGUAGCAUUCCCUGGCUUUUCCUCGGGCGACAAUAUCAUAAAGGUUGAUCUUUGCAAUAUCCCUGCUUGUGACGCUAACAUAGAACUACGCGAGCCUCUUAAGGCGGCAAUGGAGUCUUAUGGAAAGGUUAUUGAUAUUCGCGCCUACGUCGACCAUUAUGAUCAAUUCCGCGGCAAGGCAACCGUUUUUUUGGAUAUUUCUGCCAAUGCCUAUCCCAAACCCCUUCACUCCCAGAUCCGUCUUGGUGGGUGUUUCAAUGCUACCAUAUCGGCCCGUUCAAAGAUAUUUAAAGGAAUCAAUAGCAUAUAA